UCUGGCUGGUGGCGGCGUGGUUUUGCGCAGGCGCCGUGCCGGUCGUCUGGCUGGUGGUGGCUGCGGUGGCGCGGGUUUACAAUCUCUUGUCACUGGGACGGGGUUGAAGGAGGCGGAGUCCGUGCGGCGGACCAGAUGCUGGUUUGAAGUUCCCUAUUGGCUGUUCGCUGUACUGUGACAGAUGCUGACUUGCUAAGCUUGCAUGUAUUAAUGCUGGCAUCACAGAAGAAAUUUGGAAGAAAGAUUAAUCUACAAAUUAGUAGCAAGGACCAGAUCAUCUGCAAGGGCAAAAUUCCAAGAGAAGAUGUGAGGCAAGUCACUUGCAUAGCUGUUGAAGAGGAUUGAAGAUAAAACCGAGCUUUGAGGAUGUACGUUAGCAAUGACAAAUGAUAAAAGCUCUGAACGAGCACCAACAGCAAUCUGGUAAUUAAGUUGGGUGCGACAACUCAAGUCAAAAUGUUAUCCUCAUCAAGUAAGAUUUCAACUUUUGAAACUAGACACCCUCUGGAAACAGAUGUUCAAGAAACUGGGAUCGAUCCAUUGCAAAGUGAGCUUGUGAAAGAUGACAGUGGUGAGAAUAAUGAAAACCAGGAUAUAAAAAUACUUUCAGAAUUGGACAGUGGAAAAUACAGCUCUUACAGCAAAGAAUGGGAAGAACUAUUUGGACACAGUAAUUAUUUUGCAAGAAUAAGACUGAAGGGGAUUAAUGGUCAGCUGAGAAGCAGCAGGUUCCGCAGUGUUUGUUGGAAGCUGUUCCUGGAUGUUCUGCCUGAGGAUAAAAAGCAGUGGCUUAAUAAGAUAAUGGAAUUAAGAUCCCACUAUGAACAGAUAAAAGAAAUUCAUAUCACAAAUCCUCGGAAGGCAGCUGGACAGCAAGAUCUGGUUGUGAACAACCCACUUUCACAGGAUGAGGGGAGUCUUUGGAACAAAUUUUUUCAGGAUAAAGAACUUCGAGCAAUGAUUCAACAAGAUGUAACUAGAACAUUUCCUGAAAUGCAGUAUUUCCAACAGGAAUGUGUGAGGCAGAUCUUGACAGAUAUCCUGUUUUGUUAUGCGAGAGAAAAUGAGCAGCUGCUUUACAAGCAGGGCAUGCAUGAACUGCUAGCUCCUCUUGUCUUUAUUCUGCACUGUGAUCAUCAAGCCUUCUCACAUGCAAGUGAAACAGCAAAUCCAAGUGAGGAAAUGAAAGCACUCCUCAACCCUGAGUUCUUGGAACAUGAUGCUUAUGCAAUGUUCUCUCAACUCAUGGAUACUGCAGAACCAUGGUUUUCAAGUUUUGAAAGAGAAGUAAGAAAGGGAAAAGAAGAGAUGGUUACAGCUGUACCAUUUGCAAGACCUCAGGACAUGGGACCAUCACUUGCUAUAGUUUCCAAAGUAAAUCGCAUUCAAGACCAGUUGUUAAAGAAAUAUGACACAGAGCUGUACAUGCAUCUUAAUCGACUGGAAAUAGCACCUCAGAUUUAUGGAAUUCGUUGGGUCAGACUUUUGUUUGGACGAGAAUUUCCUCUUCAGGAUCUCUUGGUGAUCUGGGAUACUUUGUUUGCUGACAGUGUUACUCUGGAUUUAGUUGACUAUAUUUUUGUUGCAAUGCUGCUAUACAUAAGAGAUAUUUUAAUUGCGAGUAACUAUCAAACCUGCCUUCGAUUGCUUCUCCAUUAUCCAUCUGUAGAUGAUGUACACUCCUUAAUUCAGAAAGCACUCUUCUUACGGGAUCCAAAGAACAAUCCAAGACCUAUGAAUUACCAGUUCCAACAGAAUCUAGAUUAUUACAGGACACGUGGUGCAGAAAUUGUGAAUAAGACACGCAGCACUGGAGCAAAGGUUGCUCCCCUCAACAUCAAUAAAGUUUCCAGUAGCCUAAUGAACCUUGGACGGAAACUAAUAAAUCCAGCUAUUUUAGUUGGUGGCACCAGUGGUUUCCCAGUUGGAACGAACUGCAGCAGCAAUCCUCCAACCCAUCCAUCCUCCCACAAAGCUUUGGCAGAACACACCCAACAACAUCAACAGCAACGAAUGAUGAAGUCUGAAAGCAUGCCUGUGCAGCUUAGCAAAGGACAGGUAGUUACAGGAGAUGAUGCUAAGGCUUGUAUCCAUGUCGAGACAAUUACUGAGCUCCCAGGUCAUGGUGCCACUCAUGUUAGUUCCUCGCCGAGUACUGAAAGUUUGCCUACUGCAAAAGAUAACACAGCUUCACCUCCCUUUUCCACUGCAAAAAAGGAUUCAUUCUUUAAUACAAUCUCUCGUUCACGGUCGCACAGCAAAUCGAUGGGUGGACGAAAAGACGUGGAUGAUGAAUUGGAGGCACAGGUCUCAUUUCUUCAAGGACAACUGAAUGAUCUUGAGGCAAUGUGCAAGUUUUGUGCUAAGAUGAUGAAUGUGCAUAUAUGCAAAAUACAAGAAGUGAUUCUAAAGGAAAACCUUCAAAAGGAAGAUGAAGUCCUGGUAUCAUUGGCUGGACUCAAGCAGAUUAAAGAUAUCCUGAAAGGAUCACUGCGGUUUAACCAGAGCCAGCUAGAAGCAGAGGAAAAUGAAGAGAUUACAAUAGCAGAUAACCAUUACUGUUCCAAUAAUCGAGGAGAAGGUGCAGAAGGUGAGAGCAAAAAGCUGCUGAAUACUGACAGGGAGAUGCAAGUCACCAUGAAAACAGAAGAGGCUACAUCGCUGACUUCCUUGAAUUCGGAAGGUAGAAAUUCAGAUGACUAUAUCUUGGUUUCUAAAGAUGAUGAUGACUUGGUGCAUGAGCAUCCCUCAGAAAAAUUGGAAUCAACAGGAAUGGCAAAGAAGCUUCAAACUUCACAGAAACCUAACACCACUGAAGCAAUUAGAAAACAAUCACAGCAAUCCCCAGUUUUUUCUGACCCUCUGACUGGUGGAGUUCUGGAGUCACCAUCCAGCAACUCAGGAUCCAGUCCAGAUGAUGACAGUAGCAACAGCAAGGAUUCUGAUUUCACCAUUGUCAGCCCACUGGACAUCUGAAUUUAAUUUUUCCCAGCAUUGGCCUCUGUGUUAUUAGAAAACCUAUUUCCUGCUCGCUAAUGAAAUUCUGUAUGGAUUGCUUGGCAAAUGCGACACUCCUCUAAAUCUGAAAAUUAUAUCAACUUUGACGAGGCUCCUUAUGAAUGGCCUUGUGAUUUAAUAAUGUAUAUUGGAUUAUAGUUAAAUGAUGGACAUUGGUUAAAUCAUAUGAAUUUACAUUUAGUGACCAUCUCACAUCCACACCAGCUAAAUCUAAACUGGCCACAUAUUCUCAGCAGAUUCCAGGAGUACACAACUUGACACCAGUUCCACAUGAUCCAAGGUCGUGGAGUGCACUUUGAUCUGGUUCCAGCUACCAUUCAGUAGCCCAGCUACCUGUGGCCCCCAAUGUUUGGACAUUUUGGCUCUGGAGCCAUUUCCCUUUCUACUACGCUUCUCAGGAAAACCGCAAAAUUCAGGAACUAUUCAAAAAUGAAUAGGGUCAAGCAUAUGCACUGUAGCCGCAGAGUGAGAUCUUUGCGUAAAGUCUCUAUGUUGGGUCUCUCCUACUACCAGUCAAACAAAGGAACUUGGCAAUCCUUCCAACCAUUGCCAUCUGCCCAAUAACACAAACUUGUCCAUUUCCUUUAUCACCUCAGGACAGCUCAGAUCACAUGGCUUGAGAUUUUAACUAUCACAGCUUUUAAUAGGGCAUUUAUUGAAGAUGAAUUUCAUGAAGUGGGAGGGGGGCUCUUCUGGGUCAUUGAUUACUCAAUUGAGACAGUAUCUCAUCUGAGGAUUGAAUCCAAAAGCAGGUAUAUCAUCAUCCUCCUUUGGCCCUCCAUCACUAAUAAGUCUGUCUGCUUAAUCAUUUUAGAACAGCAACUUCAGAAUAAUUUUACUGAAUUGGUAUCUGCUUGUAAGUUAAAUGUUGUGAUAAUUGUGAAUAACAAUAUUGAUAUAGGGACUUGACUGGGAGACAGAGAUCAAAAUCAUUAUUUUUCAUUUUGAGAGCUCCCCUGAGACUUCCUUAGGGACUAUUUGUUUUCAGAGACUCCUUAGAACUAGAAAAGGGCUGACCUCACUGUCUCCGAAAGAAAGGUCACCUCUGUCUUUACAUGUUUGAGGCUACCAACAACAUUUCAGGGGCAGAUUUGACUGCCAUUCUCAUUUACUUUGAGCACUGCUUGGAGGAUAUGUCUGCAUGAGUGCACUGGAUCUUCUAUUUUACACAGUAGGCAAUGGAGAGCUCUGCAUCAUUCCCGUAGUUGAGGCCUGAUGUGAUUGAAUUGUAAUCAGGCUGACAAUUCUCCACUGUAGGGAAUCCUAUGCAGGUACACCCUCUCUACUUCUCCCAGCUCCCCCAGCCCAUCAUGUCCAUUUCAGCUGUCUCAGAUAAACUCUCUAUAAGUUUAAAGGAUAAAAUUGGUGUGAGUAUUUUGAAUUACAAAGAUAUUUAGGCAAAAGGAAGCUAUUCAUUAAACUGGUAUCUCCCAUUCCUUUCCAGUUUCUGAAGUUUCUAACACCAACCUGUUGUGGAAGUGAUGUGAUCACUGACAUGUAUUACUGGAGUACAGGAAUCUUUUAUUCACUCUAAUUAUCUCUUAGUAAUGGAAAUGCAAUAAAUACUUUGUAUCUGGUAAUGAUUAACCAAAUGAGCUUGGAAUAAUGCUAUUUUAUUCAUCUCAAUUUGAUUUGGUGUUCUUUCGUGGCUUUGUUGCCUUUAUGCUAAUUGCUGUUUGAUUAUAUCAGCAAUAUUGCACUGAAAUGUGUUUACAUUCUGCUUCCAAUUUCAUGUUAUGGAAAUAGUGUCUUUUUAUUCAACUGCUCUAUCUCAUGUAUGUGCCCAUACCGAGGAGCAUUUUGCAAAACUAGGCACUGAGAAUUUCAUGAAAUAUAAGUCACUAUUGCUGAGUAAUUAGUUAAAAAUUUAGUUGCCUGAAUAUUUUAUACUAUUUCUACUAUAAAAACCUGCUAUCAAAUAAUUGCAGUAACAUGUCAACUCAUUUAACAAUGUGUACAGUACAUACAAUUGCUGGAAUGUUUAAUUUUGUAUAUCGUACAUGUAUAAUGUCUGGUGUAUAACUGAGAAAAAUCACUGGAAGGUAUAAUAUCAAUAUUUGUUGGAGUGAUUUAAACUUUCAACAUAAUAUCUCGAAUGUUAAGUGAACCGCCCACAGAAUUCUUAGAAUGUACACUGAAUGCCAUAACCAAAUUGUGUUUCUUAAGGUAUUGGCCUGUUAUAUCGAAAGUAAUAUUGUUAAAAUUGACAGUAUAAAGACUCUGUUUUAUUUUACAGAA